CACAGUGAAAUAAGUUGUUAAUUUUGUAAAUCUAUGUGUAGUUAUAUUUCCAUCAUCUCGGAUGGAGCCAAAAUUUCAGUAUUUUUGGCUUUGGGAUGUGAUGGAAUAAAUCAAAAUGGAUCUCUAAACUGUCUGUGCUUCUUUAAUUAAUGAAGUAGCAGUUAGUUAAGCAAUGCAACUUUCGACGUUGAGCCGGGGGUCUCUUUGGAAACAGCCUCUCUACUUUCGAGUAGGGGCAAGGUCUGCGUACACACACCCUCCCCAGACCCUACUUUUGUGGGAUUUAACUGGGUUGUUGUUGUUGUUGUAUGUGUAGUUAUAUAGGAGAGAAAGAGAUGGAAGAAGAAAUAUUGAUGCAGAGACACGAAGAGGAAGGAAGGGGUAAAGAGAGGAGGAGUACUCUUCUGGAGAAAAAAGAACGCAAAUGGAAAGAGAUAGAAGCUUCUCUUAUGUCAUCAAUUCCCAAUGCUGGCAACAGAGAAGCAGCUGCAGUAGCAGCUGCUGUUCGUGCAGUUGGAGGUGAUUCAGUUUUAGAUGAUUCUUUUGCUCGUGAGAGAGUUUCAAGCAUUGCAUGCCGCAUACGUGCAGGCCAGUUAUCCCGGCGACACUCCAGGUUAUCAUUUUUUCAAUAGUUCUAGUUUAUGGGGUCUUUAAUAUGAAUAUGUACUCUCUGUAUUACCUUCUCCUAUCAGUACUCUUUCAUUGUAAGUUCAUCAUGUUGCCAGUGAACCAACUAGUUGACAAUUAGUUGAUAAGUGGACAUAUCAAUUACUCCCUCCGUCCCCGAGUUUAUGUCCACUCCCUCCGUCCCCGAGAACCAACUGAUCUUUAACAAGCUUAUUCGGAUUCAUUUCACACUUCUAAACCAUUGUACUUGAAUUGUAAGAUGUGAGCUGCUCCUCAUUUAGAGUAACUCUAUUGUAAAUAUUACUCCCUUCGUCCCCCAUAGAUCUUUCCAAUAGCCCUUUUUCUUUGUGCACAAUAGAUCUUCCCAUUUCAUUUUUUAACAAUUAAAAUGCCACAACUACCCCCACUUACUUUAUUUAUUACACCUCACCCACCUCAUUUUAUACACUCCAUCCAUUUUCAUUAAGGGUAUUAUGGUAAACUUUCACCUUUUUUCAACACUCCUUGAAAACAACCAAAAGUCAAAAUGAGAACAUCUUAGUGGGACGGAGGGUGUAUCAGGAAAGAUGAUAACUGAAAGCUUUAUCGAGGUGCCUAUAUAUUCAUUAUUAUUGGUCUUCUUCUUUUGCUUGGUGCCAUUUCGGCCAUCAUAGUUACAAUGCAUCCUUGGAGGGUAAGUCAAUACUAUUGGUUAAUUUAUCUCUUAUUAUUGUUUAUCUCUAAGGAGUUUCACUUCAUAUUAUGAAAGAUAGGAGCAACAUUUCUCUUAGUUCUCCUAUUUCUAGUUCUAGCUAUCGGUGCAAUUCAUUAUUGGGCCUCAAAUAAUUUCUAUCUGACAAGGGUUCAGAUGUUAGCUGUUUGUUUUCUAGCGUUUCUUUUGGCUUUGGCAGCCUUACUUGUUGGAUGGUUUCAAGGUAAGAUCACUUUCUUAUAUAUCACUCGUGAUGAUAUGAUUCACAGAUCACCAUAGGACUCCUCGGAUAAUGACCAAUAUCAAUUUGCAUCCUUCGUAAUGCUUGAUUGGAUUUUUGGUUUGUUCCAGACAAGGCUUUUGUUGGUGCAUACGUUGGUUACUUUUCAUUUCUUUUCCUACUAGCUGGAAGGGCAUUGUCUGUGCUCCUUUCACCUUUGAUAGUAGUCUAUUCCCCAAGGGUGUUACCUGUGUAUGUGUACGAUGCACUUGCAGAUUGUGGGAAAAACGUCAGUGGUGCAUUUCUUUUGCUUUAUGGCGUUGCAUUAGCUAUUGAAGGAUGGGGUGUAGUUGCAAGUUUGAAAAUCUAUCCCCCUUUUGCUGGAGCUACUGUUUUAGCAAUUACCCUUGUCGUAGCUUUUGGAUUCGCUGUCUCUCGCCAUUGUUUGACUCUCGAGGUAUUUCCAAUCAUGACCAGAAACGCUUUAUCUGGAACUUACUCUGCUCCCCAGAGGUCUGCCAGCUCAGCUGCUCUUUGGUUGGGGAUCCUGCUGUAAUUCGAGAUAAAGGAGGCAAUUUUGUACUUCCUAGGGCUGAUGUCAUGAAAUUAAGAGAUCGUUUGAGAAAUGAAGAAUUAGCUGAUGGAUCUCUUAUGUCUAGGUUGAGAAAUAAGACCCUGCGGCACGAAGCUAUAACUGAUAUAGGUCACAAAAGAGAAAUGUGUGCUCAUGCCAGAAUACUAGCUCUGGAAGAAGCAAUUGACACUGAAUGGGUUUACAUGUGGGAUAAGUUUGGUGGUUAGUUACUUCUUUUACUUGGUGACGGCUAAAGCUGAACGUGUACGGGUAUAAAUGCUUAAACAUUCUAUCACACAGCACAUGAAGUCUUUUUCAUGCUGACCUCCUCCUUUUACAGGAUGAGGUUCGUUUAUGACUUUUCCUCGACAGCAUAGGAUUGCCUGAUCUCAGUGCUAAGGAUAUCAAAAAGUGGUUACCUGAGGAACAUAGGCGAUUUGAACUUAUACAAGAGAAAUAUAUAGGAACAUCUCAAGCUAUUAAUGUUGCUUCUGUUACCCUUCUCGGUCUCACAGUGAAAUAAGUUGUUAAGUUUGUAAAUCUAUGUGUAGUUAUAUAGGAGAGAAAGAGAUGGAAGAAGAAAUAUUGAUGCAGAGACGCGAAGAGGAAGGAAGGGGUAAAGAGAGGAGGAGAGCUCUUCUGGAGAAAGAAGAACGCAAAUGGAAAGAGAUAGAAGCUUCUCUUAUGUCAUCUAUUCCCAAUGCUGGCAACAGAGAAGCAGCAGCAGUAGCAGCUGCUGUUCGUGCAGUUGGAGGUGAUUCAGUUUUUGAUGAUUCUUUUGUUCGUGAGAGAGUUUCAAGCAUUGCAUGUCGCAUACGUGCAGGCCAGUUAUCUCGGCGAGCACUCCAGCUUUCAGCUGGAAUCGGCUCUGGAAAUGACGGGUUUCUGGAUUUUCUUAAAGAGUCUAGCUUUCAGCUGGAAUCAGCUCUGGAAAUGACGGUGUUUUGUGAUCCCUAGCUUGGAUGGAAGCAGUUCUGACUUCUGAGUGGGGGAGAGAAUAAAAAGUUGGAAAAUGGAAGAGAAUGAGCAUAAAUUAAUGUUGGCAUGUGUGAUUCCCGGGACUCUCUUCUUCGUGCUGGGCUCUGCUUAUUUUGCGAUACUCUGGGCAGUCAAUUGGAGACCAUGGCGGAUUUAUAGUUGGAUCUUUGCCCGAAAAUGGCCUGAAAUGCUUCAAGGUCCCCAGCUGGGAAUUUUAUGUAGUUUUAUGUCUCUUACUGCUUGGCUGAUUGUUAUCUCACCAAUUGUGGUGCUUAUAAUGUGGGGAAGCUGGCUUACUGUAAUUUUGGGCCGGGAUAAUUGGGUUAGCUGUGGUAAUGGGUGGUACUGCUAUUCUUUUAGCAUUCUACUCAAUCAUGCUAUGGUGGAGAACACAAUGGCAAAGCUCAAGCAGGAGCUGUAGCUGUUCUUCUUUUGUUGGCUGUUGGGUUGCUCUGUGCAUAUGAACUCUGUGCGGUGUAUGUCACAGCUGGUGUGAGUGCAUCUGAGGGAUAUUCACCUUCUGGUUUUUUCUUUGGAGUGUCAGCAAUCGCUUUAGCCAUCAACAUGCUCUUUAUUUGCAGAAUGAUUUUUAAUGGUAAGCAACACAAAUCUUUCUGUCCUGGCUUUUGUGUCUCCUUUUUAGUGAACCUUCUGACUUGUAUUUUCUUUUAUCAUUUCUUAGAGUACAGUUCAAAACAUAAAUUUUCCCAUGAGUA